ACCACAUUCCCCAUUCUAUCAUCGCCCGUCAUGCAUCGUCCAGGACCGCUGCAGGAUUUGCCACUCGAUCAGUUCGCUAGCGCCAAAGAGUUGGCCCCUCAAUCAGCCAAGAAACGCUCUCUUCCCAUUCACUCACCCAUAUACAACCCCACCAAGCGGCGCAUCCUUAGUGAAGAAGGCUUUUUUGCACCCAAGCCUCUUGAUCUCUCCUUAUUCAACGCAAGCACUCCCCAGUCACCUUUCCGCACGCCGCGGAAAGCAUCGCCUUCGAAAAGGCACGCCUGCUGGGAUCAGCCUUCAUCUCCUGGACCCACUGUCCCUCCAAGCCCAGUCACUCCUUCUCCAAGUAAGCGAUGGUCAUCAAGGUCUCCGCCACCCUCGAGUCCAUUUGAUGCUUCUCCGGAGACACCGAAGAAGUCGAAUCAGCCUCCUUCUCCAACCACUCUUCGCCGUUCUCCACGCCUACGGAAUACACCUAAUUCCCCAACAUUUAUGCUAGCGCAGCGCGAACCACCGCAGCUUUCAGACAGACAAUCCAAUCAUUACCCCGGCUUCGAUAUGUACUGCGACCCUCACGUAUCCAUCCCAGCCACAUCUGUAUCUGCGACAACCCAAGACGAUUUCGGGCACAGUCCAAUAGAGGGCUAUGCAGCCAAGGAGGAAUCAAAGGAGAAUUUAGCUCCGAGGAAGAAGACAAAGAAGCCCGGGUCGCUUGUUGACUCCUCGAGGAAACGCAACAUGCUUUCAAACAUAUUUAACAGCGGAAAGUGCUCGUCGUACAAGGGUACAUUGCAGUUUGGUGAACUGCCUGCGCCGCCCCCAAGCCCACCCGUAGCAUCGCCGGGUGUGCUCCAGCAGUCGAGCGUACGUCAGUCCAGUCCGCGGGGUAAGAGUCCCUCGCUAGCACUGACGCCCGAUGAAAGGAAGGAACGGAGGAAGCAGAUGAGCCAGGAGGAUGACUAUAUGGAGGUCGACCAGAAAGAGAAUCAAGUUGUAGUCUAACAUCAUUUAACGAACUUUUACCCUUUGUGCUCACCAUUUAUGACAACUGUAAAUUAAUACACAACUUCUACUUACAAGCGUACAUAACUUAUGCUUAGUAUUAUGACAAAGUGGCUUCCUUACUAUGCAUGUCAAUAUGAUAUGUUGGGCCGAUGGCGUCCUUUGCGCUCCUCAUUUGCGUUCAUCCUGUCUGCAGGGACGACCCACUCUAACUUAUAUAAUAUCAAC